CCCCCUCUCUCUCUCUAUCUCUCUACCUGUCAACAUUUUGAAUAUAUAUUAGUCGUAUUAACCAGCACAACUUCAUUAUUUUCUUGAGAAAAUCUUGAAAGACGACCAAGAAAAAGAAAACAAUUUUUUUUUAUUUGUAGAAAUGGGUGAAAGAGAUGAUGGGUUGGGUCUGAGUCUAAGCUUGGGGUUUAGUCAACAGAAGGAACCAUGUCCGAGGUUGAAUCUACUACCUUUGACAACUUCUUCUUCUUCAUCUUCGUUUCAUCACAUGCACAAUCACAACAAUAACCAUCUCCAGAAGAAGAUUCAACACAACUCUUGGCCUCAUCUGUUUCAAUCUUCUGAGAAAAAUCCCGACGCCGGAUCUUUUGGACGAGGUUUCGACGUGAACAGAGCUCCGUCUGCGGCGGCGGUGGUUGACUUAGAGGAAGACGGCACCGGCGUGUCGUCGCCGAACAGCACCGUCUCGAGUGUUAGUGGGAACAAGAGAGAUCUUGCGGCGGCGAGAGGAGGAGGAGGAGAUGAAAACGAGGGGGAGAGAGCUUCUUGCUCACACGGCGGCGGAAGCGGUGGAAGCGACGAUGAAGACGGCGGAAACGGCGACGGAUCGAGGAAGAAACUCCGUUUAUCUAAGGAACAAGCUGUGGUUCUCGAAGAGACUUUCAAAGAACAUACCACUCUAAAUCCGAAGCAAAAGCUGGCCCUAGCGAGACAGUUGAAUCUAAGGACAAGGCAAGUAGAAGUGUGGUUCCAGAACCGAAGGGCAAGGACGAAGCUGAAACAAACGGAGGUUGAUUGUGAGUAUUUGAAGAGAUGUUGCGAUAAUCUAACGGAGGAGAAUCGACGGUUGCACAAGGAAGUAUCUGAGCUCAGAGCGUUGAAGCUGUCUCCACAUCUCUACAUGCACAUGACUCCUCCAACUACUCUUACAAUGUGUCCUUCUUGCGAACGUGUCUCGGCUUCCUCCUCCUCCACCGCCGUUGCUGCUCCUCCGUCGUCUUCCUCCGCUGCAUCUGGCGGUGGUGGAUGGAUUCCUACGGUGGUGGGACGGCCAAGUCCACAACGACCAACUCCUUGCGCAGCUAUUUCUCUCCAGUCAAGAUUAGCUCACUAGGGGUAGGGGGUCUUUUUCGUUAGUAUAGAUAUUGAUAGUAUAAUACAUAAAAAUAUAAGUAUGAAUAUUGAAAUUAACUCGAAAGCUUUUAUGCGAGAAAUUUGAAAAA